GUCUUCAUGUGGACCUUGCCAUUGUUGGCUGUUCUGACACCGAUGGAGAACAGGCAUACAAUCUGGAUGGUGAAGAGGUGUGGUACGCUGACUUUGUCAACAAGAGAGGAGUGGAUCCUCAGCCCAGUUUCAUUGAUCACAUCAGUUAUGUUGAAGGAGCUUAUACACAGGCUGAGGUCAAUCAACAGAUCUGUAGAUCCAGCCUGAAAACAGGUCUGGAAGCCAUAAAAGACAUUCCACUGGAGAACG